ACAUGAUCUGUGAGUCACAUGAUUUUGUUUAGGCGAAAAUGCCAGCCAGCGUUACCGCAUCUAUUUAUGUAUGUACUGUUUUUAUUGUUUUUUUCGGUGCAUAUGUCGACAGCCAGGAUACUGACGCGAAGUUAUGUCAAAUGUGUGAAGGGACUGUACAGCAAGACAGUCCUGUCUGGGAUUUCUGCCUAACGAAAGGCAGCAUUAAGGGUCGCUGCUGUUUUGGGAAUAACACCAGCGAUGUAGACAGCAUUAUAGGGUUGGACUUGGCGAACUGCUCUAUUAGUCAUGUAGAGCACUUGUACAAUUCAUCCACAGCCUUCAUAAUAGACCUCUCCAACAACCCGAUCUCCAAUCUGAGCGAUUUCAUAUUUCUGGGUUUCAGCCAUCUUACCCAACUUUUGCUUCCCUCAAAACUGGAGUGUCCAGGGGGCAAUGCAUCAUGGGAGAAGGUUGAAGUGAAAAACAAUGCCAAAAUCUGCAAAGGACAGAAAAAUCUUUGCAAUCAGACUGUGCAGAUGCCCUGGGAUUGCCCUGAAAACUCAUUCUGCAGCCCAUACGGGCCAGGUUUCUUUGAGUGUAGCUGUCUGCAUGAUUUCCAUGGAUACAAGUGCAUGAGACAGGGCGAGUUUCCUAUAGUUAAGGUGCUUGGGAUACUAACCGGAACCACAGUUGUGCUUUCAACAUUACUCUGGUUCACACAAAGACGAAAGGUCAAGAACACUUGAGUUUUAAAGAAAACUGACCGUUGGGCUGACAGUGGAGCCACAAAAGCUCAAGUUUACUGAAAGUGGUGCGGGAGACACCGAAGAGCUUCAUACACUGGACGGUAUGAACCAUCUGCAGAACAUUUGAGUUUCUUGUUUUUUAAACUUGCCUUUUUAUUUUUAAAUGCACACGUUUGUACACAGUUUGCGAAAUGUUGUUUUACUUUCCUUUCACCCUCAAGGUCCUUAAAUGUUUUAUUUAUACAUUUUUUAAAAUCUUUCAUGAACGCUGACACGUUUUUACAGCCUUGACGAGGCUGGUCUGCGAAGGAAAAGCUGCCGAAGUCACUGUGUUUGGAGGGCAGCCGCAUUUCUGACUGAUGUUUAGACUCUAAACGUGUCUAAGUGAAGCUGUAUUUUAAAACUGAUUAAGUAAAAAUAUUUUGUGUGCUUUAAGACAAAAAUGUAAAGAUGUUUACUUUGUUUUUUUAAGUGUUUAUAGGACAAUAGUGUUUUAAAAAGACAACUGAUUUUAGAGAUGAGGAAGUGGACGUCUUAGGUCUGUUGUUAUUUGUGAAUAUUGUAGAGCGUUGCUGUCACAUCCUGCUGUUUGCAGGUGUCAAAUGUUAUAUCCUAACCGAUGAUCCUUAAACCUCUGUAACUGUAUGCUUCUCUCUUUUUGGCAGCGUGAGAGUGAAGAAUCUGUUUUAUCUGAGAUAUGCAGACAGACACUAAUAGUAGAAAACUGACAUACGUAAAUAACAUUACGCAGGUUUUUGUCAGUGAUACAGUGUUGUGGUAAUGAAUUCAGCAUGUACCUUGGCAGCCUGCUACUUAAAAUAAAGAUUUGUCACAAUAUCACAAAGAAUCAGCC